AAGAAAUAAUACAGAAAGACUCAACGUAUUACUGGAUUUACCACUUCCUCUGGAUGCUAAUAUCUUGGAGAACUAGAGUACAGUAUCACAACCAGGAUACUGACAUUGAUACAGUCAAAAUACAGAACAUUUCUGUAGAUCUAGCUCCUGGUGGCCCUGUUGGAUUUUGCUAUUUUAGGGCAGAUGAUCAGAGUAAUGAUAUGGUUGUGUUCUGCCAUACUAUGCAAAAUCUUUGUAUUGUCAGGAAGAAAUUAAGCUUACUUUUCUGGCCCCCAAAGUUAUCUUUUAACAAAGUGCCAUGGUGACGGUCAGAUGUAAUAUGUAACCACAGCAGGCUGCUGAGGCCAAGGCUGGUAAAGGAUGAGUGCUCUUCAGACCUGCUGUUCCACCAUGGUCCUGCUGGCACUUCUCUAGAGCGAACUGUCUCUUGGACCAGGUAUUUCCACCUUAGCCUACUUACAAGACAGUGGUGAUUUUUACAGAUAGACACAGUUGUACCAGGUCUCAGCCUCAGAAGCACUCUCUCUCUUUUGUGGAGGAGUCGAUCCCCUUUUACCAAGCCAGUAAUGUCCUUUUGAGCUCUUGGUCCAGUACCUGUCCUGGGCGAACCCUCACAGUUGGGCUUUCUUGGUCUUGGCGUCCUGCCUGUUUGCGUCCUACUCACAGGUAGCACCACCUAACUUGCUGCCACAGUUAUCCUUACACCCUCCCUGUAACUCUCAUUCCCCUAUGGCCUUCCAGCCAGAAAUGCGGUCCUUGGACCUGGCUUCUCAACAAUUAGCCCCGAGAGGGAAGAAUCGGCUGGCUCCUGGAAGUACACUGAGAGCACACAGAGCUUCCCCACACCUUCAGACUUGCACCUUGCAGCCCAGGAGCUUCCUGCAGCUAGCCUUCCUUCCCGGUCCACUAUGGCCAGUUCCAAUAGCAGUGCGGGCAUCCGAUGGUCCCGGCAGGAGACGCGAACUCUUCUCUCCAUACUAGGCGAGGCAGAGUAUAUCCAGCGCCUCCAGACUGUGCAUCAUAAUGCGGAUGUCUAUCAGGCUGUGUCUAAGCGAAUGCAGCAGGAAGGCUUCCGCCGCACCGAACGUCAGUGCCGCUCCAAGUUUAAAGUUCUGAAGGCGUUGUAUUUAAAGGCGUACGUUGCCCAUGCCACGAGUGUGGGUGAUCCGCCGCACUGUCCAUUUUAUGAUACGUUGGAUCAGCUUCUCCGAAAUCAGAUAGUGACUGACCCAGACAACUUAAUGGAGGAUGCUGCUUGGGCCAAGCACUGUGAUCAGAACCUAGUGGCCUCUGACACCCCAGGGGAGGAGGGCACCAGCCUUCUCAGAGCAAAAAGGACUCAGGCAGCAGAUCAUCAGCCUAUCUUGAAAACAGUUAAGGAAUCAGAUGAGGAUUGUCAACUGAGAAUCAGUGACCAGAUGCGAGAAACCAGUGACCUCGAGGACUCCUGGGAUGAAUCCUCGGGUGCAGGGUGCUCUCAAGGGACCCCCAGCUACAGCAGUUCCCACCACCUUUUCAGAGGUGCAGUUGCUCCCUGUCAGAGCAGCCCCAUGACCAGACUGGGUGUGUCCAGUGAGCCCAGUCCCUGCGCCAGUACCAGCCGGAACACUCCUGGGGUGGCCUCCACACAGCGGCCUCCGGUCGUCUCCUCCAGAGUUCCUUUUGUUUCUGGUGGGGAUAGGCCUUUGACCAGUGAGCCCCCUCCAAGGUGGGCGAGGCGAAGAAGGCGGUCAGUGGCCAGGACUAUUGCAGCUGAGUUGGCAGAAAACAGGAGGUUGGCACGAGAACUUUCAAAGCGUGAGGAAGAAAAAUUGGACAGGCUGAUUGCUAUUGGUGAGGAGGCCAGUGCUCAACAAGAUACUGCCAACGAGCUCCGCAGGGAUGCCGUGAUCGCAGUCAGACGCUUGGCAACGGCAGUGGAAGAGGCCACCGGUGCUUUUCAGCUAGGGCUUGAAAAAUUGCUUCAGAGGUUAAUUUCAAAUACCAAAAGUUAGGAGUUGAUUGCAAAAGAGUCUCUUUCCUAAACUGGUAGAAGCCCAGGUCCCACACCUGCCUUUUGGUACCCUGGCUCCUUUUACAGGUCCUUCGGGAAAAAGAGCGGAUGAACCAUUAAUACACAGGGUGGCAGGAAGAUCCACACUAGUUACUUUCCCCAAGCUUCUCCACUAAUUGAAAGACCUCUCGUAUGUGUGAGGAGCGGUCUCCUAGAAAACAGAUGGAGCCGAGUCCAGAGCGCUAGUUAGCUGUGGCUUUCCCUCUGACGCAAGGCAGUUUAGUUUACCUCUACAUCAGUUUCCUCAUCUGUAAAAUGGGGGCUAGGUAAUAACUCCUGACCUGCCUACCUCACAGGGUUGUUGUGAGGAUCAAAUGGCUAAUAGAUGUGAAAGAGUUUGAAAGUUUAAAAGCACUACACACUAUAUACAUAUAAGUUAUUAAUGCAUCUGACCUUGGCUGAGGUAAGGCUAGGGUGAGGCACAUUAGUUGACAAGAUACAGAAGUACGGUGUAUACCAUGACCUCAUUGCUUGAAUCUUUACUAGUUUAACUUGACUGAUUCUUGUAAGAUCUUCAUUUUUUUAAUUCCUCUGUGUAGCUCAUUAGGCUAAUAUAGAUAUAUGUAUUUGUACCUUUAUCUCUUAUGUUUUCACUGCUGUGUCUGUGACAUACCUGCGAGUAAGCACUCAGUGGUCAAACCAUCAUUCCCUCCGUUUUACUAGUUCUUAGUGUCUUAACACUAUAAAGAUAUAAUUCAGAAUGGACAGGGAGCCACAGUUGUGUGUUAUGAUUCAUAUUGAUAAUCUCUAAUGAGGUAUUGGCUGUUUUAUAAAACAUUAAAUGUAAGUAAAUUCUUUGCAUUCCAUA